AUGCCCAAGUUCGCCGUGGCCGCGAGCCCGAAACGCUCGGCCUCCCCGAAGGCCCGAGCGGUGAAGAAGCGACCCGACUCGGCGAAAUCGGCCGGCGAUCUGACCGCCGCGAGUGGCGACGCGGGGACCGCGGGCGACGUACUCGGGACGCACGACCCGGCGGAUGAGCUGCUGAUGGUGAAGAAGCUUCCCGCAGCAAGGGAUUUUCUGAACUCCGCCAUUGUGUUCCUGAAGAAGGGCGCUCCGCCCAGGCCGAGAGUGGAGGUGGUAAAAGACCUAAGCAAAUCACCACUGACGCAAGAUUUCGACGCGGCACCCACUCCGGAAAUCCCAGAGAGACUACCGAGAGUAGAUGCUAGCAAUACGUCAACGGAGAACAAUGCUUUGCAGGUAGAAAUUGCCUCGCCCGCGAACAAACUCCCACGAACAUCAGGCGACGCGGAGGACGAAAAACGGGACCCGAGUCUCGCUUCCAAAUACGAAGAUUUCUUCAACCCGGCGGCCCGACCACUACGCGACUGCUUUUGCCGUGUCAUCAUUCGAAACGAAGACGGGCCGGAAGAGCGCCUAGAGGCGGCGGUGGACGCCUUUCUGACGGCGCACAACCUGCUAGACCCCCCACCAAAACCGUUCUUGCGGAUACCGCCGUUGGAAAAGGAGCACGCACCAAAUCUGUGCUUCAAAGCACUCGCAGACUUCGUCAAAGUGGUACUGAGUUUAGGUUUUUUGUGACGUGAGAAUAGAAAAGUGAAUUCGUGCUGCGUGUGUUGUUGUAGGUCGAUUUGAUGAACUCAUCUUCAACGUCAUCUAUGCAAUACGAAGGAUAAUAUGCUCAGUCGAGUACGUGAGUUUUGCUUGACAAAUUGCAAAUCAAAACCGCCUUACAGAAACUGAAAAUCCUGGACGGGCUGGUAAAAGCCCAGCAAGCCAUGGACCCGCGCGGCCCCCUCCGCGAGGCGCUCCACGAGCACAAACUUAUUCGGGAACGGGAGCAGCAAGCGGAGAAGAACGCGCGAGGAAUGUGCGACUGGGCCACGAAGGCGAUAUCCACCGUCAGCCAAGCAGUCAUGUUUAAGAAGGAGAGGGACGGAGACAUAAUCUCGCCCUCGGUGUCGAAAGAAUCCAGCGGAAGCAACAGCGGACAAGGGUCAGCAGGGGUAAACGCAAAUACCGCUGCUGGAGCAGUAUCUUUCAACACAUCAACAUCAAAGCCAGAACCAAAAUCAGCGACAACGCCGGUAAAAGACGUCAGCAGAAACAGGAAUGUCGACGGUAGUGGUGCGGAAAGCUCGACGUUUGAAGGCGCCUCACCGAGCGUCGGACUGGAAACGAUACAUGAGACGACGGAAUCGCUCGCCUCUGGAGCGGCUUCACCGGCAGUUGCAGUAGAGGUGUCAUGAUAACAAGUUCUGAUGGCUUUUCGUAGUUGUUCAAUGUGUAGCAUUGUUCUAUUAACAUAUUAGUAGGCAUUUUUUUGUUCGCGUAUUUUUCCCCAUGUCUAUCUUUCGCAUUUCAUUUUACUUUAUGUAUAGCUUUUUUUCAACGCGCAUCGGCAUUAACCAUUAUAUCCUCUGUAGUCCCCCUCAAAAGAGGACGAAGUACUACUCGCGCAGUCUACUUUCAAAAUUCAGGAUGGAAACAAUCUAGGAUGGAUCUACUCGCUGCAACUGCUUGUUUCCGGCGCUCACUGUCCUGUUGUAGUGCAAAAGUUCAAGUCGAACUCC